UCUCUGACCACCCUCUUUCUCUCCCUCCCCAUCAUAUAUAACCCCCCUCACCCCCUCUUUCCUCUUUCUUCUUCAUCCGUCAACAAUCUCCCCCCCCCCCCACUCGUAACAACACUCUCCUAGCUUGCAGGCAAGCUAUUUAUCCUCUACUACACUCUCCCGUCACUCUUUGUGUUCUCCACCUCCAAACUCCCCCCCUCCCCAAACUAAAACCAACAAUGAAGUUCACCACCUUCGCCUUCCUCGCCGCCCUCACCCUCGGUGUCGCCGCCGCCCCCACCCCCGAGGCUGCUCGCGGUGACGGCCGCCGCGGUGGAGGUCGCCACGGCCACAAGUACGGUGGCCAGCGCAAGUACGGCCACUCGCACAAGCAGCCCCAGCCCGACGCCCCCGCCACCACUGACGAGUGGGACGAGAACGAGCCUUGCGUCAACGGCGUCGCUGCCCCCGUCCAGAACAACGCUGUCGCCGGCGCUUCCUCUGCCAUCUCGUCGGCCUCGGCCGUCUCGUCGUCGUCGGCUUCGUCCUCGUCGUCGUCGGCCGCCGCCGCCGCCGCCCCCACCCCCUCGUCGUCGUCCUCGGCCACCCCCGAGCCUACUCCCUCGUCGACCUGGACCCCCGAGCCCGAGCCCACCUCCAAGUGGGAGGAGCCCCCCAAGCAGGAGGAGCCCCCCAAGCAGGAGCCCCCCAAGUCGAACGGCGGCCGCCAGGGCCAGAUCACCACCUACUCGGUCGUCGACCCCGCCCAGAACCACGGUCUCGAGGCCGGCACCGUCGCUUGCUACACCCUCAACCGCAAGUUCUCCAACUCUGACUACAUUGCCGCCGUCCGCACCUCCGAGUUCCACCUUGGCCUCUGCGGCAAGUCUGUCAACGUCUGCGGCAAGGCCGGUUGCGCCAGCGUCCAGAUUGUCGACUCGUGCGCCGGCGGUGGCUGCAAGGACCUCGACCUUUCGCCUUCGGCCUUUGCGGCCGUCACUGGCGACAACACCGGCAUCUACGAUGUCACGAUUGAGGGCUUCUAAACGUGUACGGCUAGUACGCGCUUUGCAUUCCCUCUUUCUUUACGACUACUACUACUAUUAGAGUGUGAUGCCUGAUCACUUGGCAUCUUAUACUCUUCCCCCUUCCCCAACUCGCGCUCUUCGCUGGCCGACUAGCGCACGUCACUCCCUUGUAUCAGAGUAGACAUCCCCCCCCCCUUUUCUCUUUUUUUUCCCUCUCCCCACCCGUACACUUAUUCGGUAUGCCUUUUUCCUCUUUUUCACCCUCUGGUAGGGGCGGCACUCAACACCCUUGAUGGGCGGCCGCUUGUUGCGGCCCCCUCGACGGGAGCCGCAAGGGGUUGGCGGUCGGGCCGGCUAGUCUGGUCAUGUAUUUGAGAUGGGA